AUAUGAAAUCUUUAAACUUACAGUGACUAACCUAUGAACCUAUUUAAUAAUUUUUCUACAUAUGUGAAAAUAAAAUUCUCACUUUUAUAUAUAGUACACUAAUUUCUGAUUUAUUAUAGUUUUGUUAAAAUUUUGGUUCCAUUUGUAUUUGUUAAGAUCAGUUUUUGACAACUGUUUUGGCCCUUAUUGAAAUAGUUACACAACAACCAUAGAAGAUGACACUAAUAAUUGGAUUUGAUUCUAUUUAAAAAUAUAUAAUUUACUGAGCAGUAUUGAAGUGGUAAGAAUACACAAACUCAUAAUGAUGACUAAAUCAUUCGAUCUUAGUCAUUUUUCACCAUUUCAGGACUCUAGAAAAAUCAUUUGGAAUUUAGGGAUUUUCAGCUAAAGAAUUACAGGUGCGGUGAAAUAAAGGCCUGAUGACUAAGUAUAGAAACUUACUGCAUGUCACAAUAAUGGUUUAUCAAAUGAAGACCCCUUUCACUUUUUCCACUGCUUUAUUUCUGCUCCUCCUCUUCAUCCUCCUCCCUGCCUGUCCUCGGUACCCCUCGGUUGUCUGCUCUCUUGAAGCGGGUUCAGGGAAGUGUUGAGGGGGCGGAUUGACUUAAUUUUCUUCACAUCUCGCUUAGCCAAUAACUGUUGUGCACAUCUCAGCUGGCAGACAUUUAAAAGGGAGACAGUCCGGCGCUGAAGCAAUUUGUAUUAAACCCCCACGUUGGCCCCCGUCUAUGGAGCGCGUUGUCUCCCAGUUAUCCAGAGUGCCAUCAGAGUCCAGUCGACCGCUGUAGGUCCAAGAAAGGCGAAAGGCUCACAGGAUCGCAUCAUCCCUCUUGAGGAAUUUGGAGAAUCGCCUAGGGAUGGCCGUCUCCGCGCACACUCUAUGCAGUAUGGUUUUCAUCAUCGGACUGCUGUCAUCUCCCGCGGAUUCAAAAAGAAACCGAGCCUCGCAAGGGGCCAUUCCUCAUCCUGACAAAAAUAACCCAAACGAAUCGGAGCAGCAACCGCAGCCCCCACAGUCGGGAUCCAGGUCCCGUCAGAGGCCGGGCUCAACCUCACCAGCCGACGAGGUGCUGGAGUCCAGCCAGGAGGCUCUGCAUGUGACGGAGCGCCAGUAUUUGAAACGGGACUGGUGCAAAACGCAGCCUCUCAAGCAGACGAUUCAUGAGGAGGGCUGUGUUAGCCGCACCAUCAUCAACCGCUUCUGCUACGGACAGUGCAACUCCUUCUACAUCCCCAGGCACAUCCGCAGGGAGGAGGGCGCCUUCCAGUCCUGUUCGUUUUGCAAACCAAAGCGGUUCACCACCAUGACUUUUACCUUGAACUGUCCGGAUCAGCAGCCUCCCACCAAGAAGAAGCGCAUCCAGCGCGUCAAGCAGUGCCGCUGUAUCUCCAUAGACCUGGACUGAACACGCUGCAAUAAUCCGCAGACGGUGUUGGUAGAGAAAACGAGCGCCUGUCUCCAUCUGGAGAUGUACACGGACGUUUUGUAAUAUUCUCCUCUUGCACAACCAAAAAAAGAAAGAAAAAGAAAAUUGACAUGCAACAUUGAGCAGUGACGUUUUACUCCUUGUUAGUUUCAAAAACCCUACUGCACGGAAAAGCUAACUCCAAACGGGCACAAUUAUUUUUAUUUUUUCCCUGCGCACGGCUUCCUUUCUUUACCAAAAGCAGCAGCAAAGAGACAGGACUCCAAAAAUCAUGUGGCAAUUUUCAAAUCACUGUUUUCUCAUCAAACCAAUCCUGUAUUUAACGCAUAGUGUUUGUAGAACUUGAUGUAUCCACUGUGUGGAGUUUGAAGAAUUGGUAUUUGUAAUGAAAAUGUGAUAAUUUUUUAUUUCGACAUUUCAAGAAUCUUUUGAGGUUAACCUAACUGAUUUCUGUGAAUUUCGAAGCUUUACUGGUAAAAUAUUUCAUUUUUAUAUCUGAAGUCUAUUUAAAAAGUCUUCAAAAUAAAGCAGACUCAUUUAUAAAAACAGUAUUUGGUUAUUAUUGAGACUGAAGUUUUAAAUGUAGAUGUAAAGUUGUUUUGUUUUAACCGGUUUGUUUAUUCCGUUUGAUUAAAUUAUCUAUUAAAACUAA